AUGGGUCAUCCUGCAACGCCCGCAGGCGGAGAUGAACAGGCGGCAGCUCGACCCGUUUUGGGUUCUUUUGCAAAUGUUUCUUCAUUCGUUUCUGAAGAUUUGAACGUCGGUUUCCCUGUAAAUACUUGGGAGCAUCCAUUCGGCCUCCCUGGUGCUGCUGAUGCCGCCACAAGCGCGCAUACACGGGGCCCCCCAACGCCUCGGCAUUCAGGCUUGCGCUCAUUAACCUUUGUUACUGCGCUCGUCUUCGCCUCAGCUUUAGCUGUCGUAUUCCUCAUCACCCUCUGUAGACAGUUGAACAGCAAAGCUGCCACCCGCAGGCUAUCAGACCAAGAAGAUGGUCAUCGUAGCCCCCGUGCAAUCGACGUUUGUGAUGAGGAGCUUGAGGAGGAUACCCAGCAGGCCGAUGAAGAUCCUGUUGAAGGACCCUCUGGGGGGCCCCCUGAAAGCACCUCUGAGGGGCCCCUGAGGGGCCCCCCAGAGACCCCUCAGAGGCCAACGACACCAGAAGCGGGGGCAUCACGCAAACGCGGCAUCGACAGCAGCAAACAGGGCGGACAAAAGGGGGCAAAGAAAGCGAAAGCCGCUUACGCAAACGCGGCAUCGACAGCAGCAAACAGGGCGGACAAAAGGGGGCAAAGAAAGCGAAAGCCGCUUCUAUCACUGGGCCGGAUGGAGACACGGCAGCGCAGCAGCAACAGCAGGAGGAGGAGCAGCAGAUGGAGGAGGAGCCGCUGA